AUGCAGAUUCUCAUCACCGGUGCUGCCGGCUUCAUCGGCCAGCUGCUCGCUACAGAGCUACUAAACGAUCCUACCUACCAUGUCACUCUGACCGAUGUCGUCCAACCUCCCAUCCCCAAGGGCGUUCGCCAUCCCGAGAAUGCCACGGCAGUCAAGGCCGAUCUCCUCAAUGCCGCCAAAGAUGUGGUCAAUUCCUCGUUAGAUGCAGUCUACGCCUUCCACGGUAUCAUGUCCUCUGGUUCAGAGGCCAAUUUCGACCUCGGCAUGAGUGUCAACAUCGACGCGACUCGCAACUUGUUGGAAGCCCUGCGCCAUACCUGUCCCGGAGUACGAGUCAUCUACUCAUCCAGUCAAGCUGUCUACGGUCAGCCAUUACCCGAGAUCGUGACCGACAGCGUCAUCCCAACACCCGAGUCCUCAUACGGUGCUGAGAAAGUCGUGUGCGAAACACUGAUCAAUGAGUACACCCGUCGCAAGUUCAUCAACGGCUUCACACUGCGAUUUCCUACAAUCUCCGUUCGCCCCGGUGCUCCGACAGCUGCCGCUUCAUCCUUCCUCUCCGGCAUGAUUCGCGAGCCACUGGACGGCAAGCAAUGCGUCAUUCCUAUCGAAGACCGGUCCUUCAAGUCCUGGCUCUGCUCGCCCAAGACUCUUGUGCAAAAUCUCCUUCUCACACUGCGUCUACCCACUGACUCUGUGCCUCCUCAUAUUCGUCAGAUCAACGUCCCGGGUAUCUGUGUGACGGUGCAAGGAAUGAUGGACGCGCUGGAGAAGGUGGGUGGCAAGGAUAAGCUGGACUUGCUGACGGAGAAAGAAGAUCCUGCGCUGGUUCCAAUUUUGAAGUCUUGGCCUACGCAGUUUGAUAACUCUCAGGCCAUCUCUCUCGGGUUCAAGCGCGAUGAAUCUUUCGAGCAAACUGUAAGAGAUUAUAAAGUCGCAUUGGAGCGGUCAUGA